AUGUCCGUCGCCAUCGAAGUCACCGAAGUCCCAACAGCCCCCAAGUCCGCACAGCCCGUCCUAAUGGGCCAAAAGUCCCGAAUGCCUGAGUUUAGUCUCUCCGGCAAGGUCGUACUGGUCUCGGGAGCAGCCCGCGGUCUAGGCCUGACCCAAGCAGAGGCACUCUUGGAAGCCGGCGCGAAGGUCUACGCACUCGACCGCCUGGAAGAGCCAGCCCCCGAAUUUGAACAAAUCCAGCAACGCGCGAAGGAGCUCGGUACGGAGUUGCACUACCGUCGCAUUGACGUGCGUGACACAGAGCUUCUCAAUAGCGUCAUUGAAGCCAUUGCCAACGAUGAGGGGCGCAUGGAUGGCCUCGUUGCUGCAGCGGGUAUUCAGCAGGAGACUCCUGCGCUCGAGUACUCGGCCAAGGAUAGCAAUACCAUGUUUGAGGUUAACGUCACAGGGGUCUUCAUGACUUCCCAGGCUGUGGCUAAGCAAAUGGUUCGUUUCGGAAAUGGGGGUAGUAUCGCCAUGAUCGCCUCUAUGAGUGGCACUGUUGCCAAUCGGGGACUAAUUUGCCCCGCCUACAACGCCAGCAAGGCCGCUGUUCUCCAGCUUGCUCGCAAUCUUGCUGCCGAAUGGGGAACCUACAACAUCCGCGUCAACACCAUCUCCCCAGGCUAUAUUGUUACUGCUAUGGUUGAGAAGUUGUUCGUUGAGUUCCCCGAGCGCCGCGAGCAGUGGCCCAAGGAGAAUAUGCUCGGUCGUCUCUCCCGCCCGGAAGAGUACCGUGGUGCCGCGGUCUUCCUGCUUAGCGAUGCUAGCAGCUUCAUGACUGGUAGUGACCUCCGCAUGGAUGGUGGCCACUCUGCAUGGUAA